UAUAUUAUUGCGAAGAGUUUAUAUUGUUCCGUUAGGUUUGAAUUAAUGGCUUUUUCAGAAGUGAAAUAUGCAUGGCCGUGUAGUGUGAACGUAGCAAACUUUGUGACAGUGCGGCCGAGCAGUGAGGGAGAUGAUAAAACAAACGAAUUCAAAGACUGGAAAGAGCAGAUGAUUUGCCUUCUAGAGAGCCAGGAUGUGAUGGGGUUCGUCAACGGUGAAAUCGUGGCACCAGAGAAACAGGAGAUUGAGCAGUACAAGUUGUGGAGAAGAACGGAUAGACUUGUCAAAGGAUGGAUUCUUGGAUCGAUCGGAACAGCCGUGCUUCACCAACUGCGGGGUAGUGAAACUGCAAGAGACGUAUGGCUUCAAUUACUAGACAACAUUUUCAAACAAGAAGAAGCAGAAGCAGAAGAAGCAGAAGCAGAAGAAGAAGCCGCAGAAGGAGGAGGAGGAGGUAAUACCGGUGCCGAUUAUACCAGAUAUUUGCCACUAUACCAGGCAAUAAUGAGAGAUAACUGGCAGUCCACUAAGCAUAACUUCCCAGACAUAAACGACCUAUGCACCACCAUUAUAUCUUCACGUUUGGAUACAAUUCUGCACAUAGCCGUUUUGACAGGAAAAUCAAACCAUUUAGUGAUCAAGUUGGUGGAAAUAAUGCCACCAGAGGCGCUGGCCUUCAAGGCUUCCUAUGGGGAAACUGCCUUACACAUUGCUGCCAUGGUUGGAAAUUCAGUAGCAGCCUCUGCUUUGGUUGGCAAAAAUCCAAAUUUACUGUAUAUUAUGAACGAUGAUAACGACUUGCCAGUGUACAGAGCAGCUGCAAAUUGCCAAAAGAAAACGUUAGAAUAUUUGAUAUCGCAGCACGAGACCAACACCGGCCAUCACCCUUCUAUAUUUCUGGGUCAAAUUGGAAUCAGUGCCUUGAUUGCAAUAAUAGCUUCCGAAUAUGUUGAUAUUGCAUUGGAUUUGGCUCAAAAAUAUCCAAAUUUGGCUAAAAUGGUAGAUGAUGAGAGCGGUCAUUCCGCACUAUCAAUCAUUGCUCAGACCGCAACCUUAUUCCCAAGGACAGACGCUUUCACCUGGUGGCAAAAGUUUGUUUACCAUUGUAUUCGUGUAAAAACCAAUUCUGAAGCGGAAACUGGUCGCACGACACAUGAUGUAACCCAUGACAUUGAAAAUUUAAAUUGCCAUGGUGCAGCGCAUUGGAAGUACUUGUUUCACAUUAUCUCUCGAGUAUGGAAGAAGUUGGAAGACAUGAUUUGGUAUGUCACCGAAAAUUUAGUGCCUAAAGUGAAGGAGCUGAAGGAGAAGAAAUCAGCGCGUGCACAAGCACUACAACUAGCGAAGCACUUGUGCGACCAAAUAAUAACUUUGCCUCAAAAUAAAGCUUUACCGAUAUUUGAGAAAUCUAUAGAAAACGCGGCAAUCUGUGGGAUUAGUGAGCUUGUGGAAAUGAUAAUAGACAUAUGUCCUUUGGCUAUUUAUUAUAAAUCCCCUAGCACGGACAAGGAUGUGUUUAUGCUGGCAGCGACCUAUCGCUAUGAGAAUGUUAUCAACCUCUUAUAUAAUAUGAACGACCGCAAAUAUAUAUUUUGGGGCUGCAUAGACUAUCAGGAUAACAAUUUAAUGCACAUAUGUGGAAAAUUAGCCCCAUCUAACAGGCUCAAUCUUGUAGCUGGUCCUGCCCUACAAAUGCAGCGCGAAUUGCAGUGGUUUAAGGAGAUGGAAAAUUUUGUCCCUGCUUCACGCAGAACGUGGAUCAACAUCUAUGAUCGAACUCCACAGAUGUUAUUCACAAAGGAGCACGAAAAGCUAAAAGAAGCUGGAGAGAAGUGGAUGAAAGACACAGCUAAUGCAUGCACCAUCGCAGCAGCACUUAUUGCAACAGUCAUGUUCGCUGCAGCUUUCACUGUUCCUGGUGGGAUUGAAGAAGCAUCCGGCAAGCCACUUCUGUCGAACAAACCUUCAUUCAUAUUGUUUGCAGUGUCGGAUGCCAUAUCCUUGUUCACUUCCGUAACUUCUCUGCUCCUGUUCCUUUCCAUCCUGACUUCACGUUAUGCGGAAGAGGAUUUCUUGUAUGUUUUACCCAAGAGGUUAAGCAUGGGCCUUGUUACCCUCUUCGUGUCCAUUAUAUUUAUGUUGGCUGCAUUUAGUGCUACACUCUAUCUGGUGCUUCAAAGAGACGUGGCGUGGUUUGUGGUGCUUCUCAUGGCCUUCGCUUGCUUGCCCAUUGCAUCAUUCGUGCUGCUACAGUUUCCACUCCUUGUAGACGUCAUCUAUUCAACUUAUGGCCCUGGUAUUUUUAAUAAGAAAACCAAACGUCGUCUCUAAUAAGCUCAUAUAUAGUCAUGGUUGUUAGUAUUGGACUUAUUUCCUUGCAUUUUACUCCCAAUUUCCCAUGCAUGUUGUUGUUAAGAAUAUUAAGUGGUUUGUACUUGUAUUUGUGAUGUAUGGGUUUGUUUAAUACUACUAUUCUCGUUUCAGUA